AUGGCCCUCUCGAUGAUGGCUGAAGCUCAGGUCACGGUUCGCCACGCUCCACAAUCAAUCUUCUCCGUGGAGGUGGGCCUUCUCCUCGCUAAUCUGAGUAAACAGUCUUACGAGGCUUUCUCCUUGCCGUCCUGGACCGCCCCUUUUACGGUAUCAGCCUUGUCCGCGCUAGACGUCCCGACGUCCGUCAUUUCGACGUCUUUGGCCUUGUCGAGGAUUCCGAGGCGACCCAGUCGCAUGGGCGUCGACCUCGGCUUCAUCAGUCAUGGCCUGUGGUGUCUUGGUGCGCAGAUGUUGCAGGCCUUCCGGCACAGCAGUCUGUCGGACCACCCAUUUCCAGAAUGCAGACUUCCCACUCACUAG